AUGCCCAUUGAGGCUGUGUCCGAUGUUUCUGGCUAUCCAGCAUUUCUGCCCUUCACAAUCUCCUCAAAUGUCACGAUUAGAGAUCAAGAAGGCUAUCCGACUCGCGCAAUAUUGAAAGUUGGCUACGCAAAGCUCGGUCUUGAGGAAAAUUGGGACAGUGUCGUCCGCUGUGACCCCAGAAAUGGAGUUAUCGAGGCAAGGAGCAGCGACGAGACUAGCAAUGGCCUCUUCGAGGUUCUCAACACCAAAUGGCAUAUCAAUGCAUUACCAGAGGCAGGCGAGGAGCAAACUUCUGUUCAUUUGACUGUUGAUGUGAAGUUUCGGAACCCGGUUUAUGACCAAAUGUUCUCCCAGGUGGAGGGCAAAGUUGCCAGCUCGAUGAUAGUUGCAUUCGAGAAAAGGGUGGCGGAGCUCCAGCAAAAGAAACAAUAG